CUUACACUCCACUUCCUAUUUCCAUCCCUUUCCGUUUAAACAACAAAUAAAAUAGUAAAAAAAUAUCAGCAUCGCGAUCCGAAGCCUAAACGGACAAACAGACACUCCAUUUAGUCAUUUUUUGCUCUCACAAUUCCUUCUGCUCCCUGAAUUUUUUCUUCAAAUUCUCAUAAGGGUUUUGAAAAUCUCUCUCAAAGUUUGAAUCUUUGAAUCUUUCUGCAAAUUUUGGAAUAGUUUGAUACUGGUCGGUAGGAAAUUAGGGAUAUAGAAAUGGUGAGCCCCAAAUCUGGAGGUGUAGAAGGGGUGUCCUGCGAUUUCUGCAGCGACCAGCCGGCGGUUCUCUACUGCCGGGCAGACUCCGCCAAGCUCUGCUUGUUCUGCGACCAACUCGUCCACUCCGCUAACUUGCUCUCCCGGAAGCACGAGCGCUCUCUGAUCUGUGAUAAUUGCGCCUCGGAGGCCGUCUCAGUCCGCUGCUCCACCGACAACCUCGUUCUCUGCCAGGAGUGCGAUUGGGACGCCCACGGUAGCUGCUCUGUCUCCGCGGCGCACGAUCGCACCCCUCUCGAGGGAUUCUCAGGCUGCCCCUCGGCGCUCGAGCUCGCCUCUCUUUUGGGUCUGGAUCUCCAGGACAAGACUCUGCCGGCUCGACCCGACCUGCAGUCCCAGAACUGGGAUAUGGGUUUGCCGUCCAUGGAUUCGUCUUGGAAUGGGUUUGGACUGCAGGACUUGAUGGUGCCCAAUCGCAACCAGAACUGCGUCGUUUACCGGACUGGUGAAAUGAAGAGACAGAAUAGUGGGGGCAUAGGCGGGAAACAAAAGCACGGGAUACAGAAGCAGCUGCUGGAGUUGUUUAAGAGAGACUUGGAUGGUGGAGGUGGAGGUGGCGGUGGCGGUGGAGGCGGUGGUGGUGAGAAUUUGGUGCCAGGUACGCCGGCAAGGAAUGGUUGGCAGGAGGAGAAUGGGAGUGAGAAUAUGGAAGGGCAUGCUUCAAUUGAUGUGAGGAAUGAGAAUGGAGGUGUUGACGGGGUUGUAGCUCCAGCUGCGGCUUCGCAGCCAGUGUUGCAGCAGCAAACACCCUUUACGACUCUGCUCAUGAUGCCGGAAGAGAACCGUGACGGUGACAUGUUGUGGGAUAGCAAUCCCCAUGGACACAACACUCAGAUAUGGGAUUUUAAUUUAGGACGGUUGAGGGAUCAUGAAGAGUCAGGUCCAUUGGAAGUCACAUAUGGUUCAAACGAUUCAGGAUUUAUGAUUAAGAAUUUUAGCGAACUUGUGAAAGAAACAUCAUUGACUGAUACAAAAAUGUUCAGAGAUAUGUACCAGGUGAACUGCCCUAUUGGACAUGAGGACAUAAAAUUCAAUUUGAAUUUUGACGGCCAUCAUCAGGGUCCAGCAACAUCUGCAAGCAGCAACGUCCCUAUUGGACGGCCAUCAUCAGGGUCGGUAUUUGGCGAAGACAAAUGUUGUGGUUCCUCUACCGACAUCAAUUUUAUGGAACAAUCAUUUGUUAUGAAGGGUGACAGUCUGAGAACAGUAGGAACAAAGGCGGACAUGGAGUUGCUUGCACAAAACAGAGGCAACGCCAUGCUUCGUUACAAAGAGAAGAAGAAAACCCGAAGAUAUGAGAAGCACAUAAGGUACGAGUCAAGGAAGGCAAGAGCUGAUACCAGGAUGCGAGUCAAGGGUCGAUUUGUGAAGGCUACUACCGAUGCUCCUGAUGGUUAGAUCCAUGUCGACUUAGGCUUCUCCUAGCUCUUUGUUUGUAAAUAUUUGUUACUUUCGUCACAAGGCAAAUGUAUAAUUAUGCAGUCGGUUACUCCAUGAGAUCAAAUACUAUUUGUUUGUUCUGUCUA